CAAGAGGAAAUACAAGUGAGAGAAGCUGGUAAUAGCAGAAUAGAAUCAGCAUAUCUAAAAUCACUCACACCCCAAUCGGAGAUGUGUCUCACCGUUGCUUGCACUGAAAACAUUGGACCAACUAAGGAAACAUGAAAACUGAGAGGGAGGCUUGGAUGUUUUUUUACAAUUCUCUACUAAGAAAGCAAUCUGGACAACGAAAUAUACAUUUAAAAGAGAACACAGACUUGGAUACCUGAAGAGUCCCAGAGAGCUAGCAAGCAUGACAUCCAACUCUACCUCCGGCAAUCUGUGUGAACCAAAUGACAAACUCUGCAUUACACGGGAGUAUCAGCUGGAAGUGAUUGUUGUCCCUGCACUGCUCCUCCUGGGCACCGCCAUCACCUUACUGACCGUGUUAAUACUAAGGUAUUGCCAUAAGGGGAAGCGGACCCGAGUCACAGCCCCACAACAUUACCACAGCUCAACACACAGACAUACUAACAGACACAGCCACAGACACCACCUAUACGGCAUAGAUGCACCACCUGGGAUAAACCCACUGGAACAUGAAGAGGUGCCAAUGAAAGUUCAACAAGUGCAGCAAAAUAGCAAACAAACUCCAACUGCAGUACCGCAGGUGUCCACAGAGAGGCAUCAGGGAGCCUUCGGUCAGGUCACUGCACUGCCGCAGUCAUACUCCAUCAAGCCUAACGACACGGUAAACCUCUACCGGGGUAGCAUGGACAGCAAGAAUGUCAUCCUGAGGGUGCUGAAAGAUACAGCAACUAGCAGUGAGAAACAGCACUUUUUGGGGUUUGCUUCCUUCUUGUCAGAAUUGGGGCCACACCCCUUCAUUCCUUUGCUGCUGGGUGUUGUUUCAGUGCAACCACCUUUAAUUAUUGUGGUGGAGGAGCUAAAACACAGAGACCUGCUGGGGUUCCUGUGGAAAUGCAGACAGGAUAACUCGGGUUAUGACAUGACAGAGAAGAUGAUCUUCACCAUGGCGGGACAAGUGGCUUCAGCUUUGGAGUAUCUGCAUAGUAAGAGCUGUAUCCAUAGCAACAUGGGGGCUCGCAGCAUUCUGGUUGGUGAAGAUUUGACAGCUAAGCUCUGGGGACUGGGCUCAGUCUACCGCAGGAGAACACAGCUGGGCUCACCGGGGGCAGUGGACGAUAUGGAGCUGAGUAAAUGGCAGGCACCUGAAGUGCUGGCCGGGAGGCCCGUGAGUCCGAGCAGUGAUGUAUGGUCUUUUGGAAUCCUCCUCUAUGAAAUGGUCACAUUGGGUGACCCACCUUUUGCUUCAAUUAUGGCAACUGAACUUCUGCAGUAUCUCCAAAGGGGAAAGUCCCUCAAACAGCCAGCCACCUGCUCCAACUCACUGUACUCCAUCAUCAAGUCAUGCUGCCAAUGGAAUCCUCAGCAACGUCUCUCCGUGUCGGAACUACUCAGGGUGCUACAUACGAAAGAGAAAUCAGCCAAUGGGAGAACAGUUCUGAGGGUCACGGAACCACUGAACUUCGAGAGAUAUAUGAGGGAGGCGGGAUGUGGAGAGGCGUUCAACUUUGCUGUGCUCUGAUUGGUUAAAAUGUUUAUCAAUCAGAAGUUCUUUAAGGCUGCUGUUCCCGCGCCGAUAAACUAUUACCAAGAACAAUGUAGACAAAAAAAAAAGUUAUAUUUUUAUAUAUAAAAUAAAUAUUGUUUUGUACUUCUUUUUACUGUUGGAACACAUUCAAGAAUAUUUAAAGCACAAUCACUUUGAAGGAUAAUUUAUUUUUUGUAAAUAUGUAUUUAAUUUGGUAAAUGUUACUCUGGUCUGGUAAAUAAUUAUGAAAUUUAAAAGACAUGUUUAAUGUAUUUUCAUUUUAAGGUCAGUGCUGCUUUUAUUUUUAAAUCGGACUAUAAAAUUAUGCUAACAUGGGGCCAGACAGUUUUUGACAUCCAUAGGGGAUGAUCCCAUCAAACAGAUUCCCCUUCACCUUGUUUUGAGGUAACUACCUGACAGCUGUGCACAGUGGUCUUUGCAUCUAACCCUGCUUUGCAUGUACUUACAGAAGUUUCCUUUCCAAAGGAAAAAAAAAAAAAACUUCAGGGAAGAUAUUAUUUGAAUUAACCAAUCUUAAUGAAUAACUUAGAAUGAUUUUUUUAGAUUAUUGAUCACUUCAAUUCAACAUUCAAUAUUAUUUACCUCUGAAAACAAAGGUCUUACAUUGUCAUCUCCACACCUGAUUUGACAAGGAUGUUGCAACACUGGUAAAAGUAUUGUGAAGAAAGAGAUAUUUUAUUUAUAUAAAUUUUAUUUGGAAUGCAUGAAAAACCUCACUUCCUGCUGUAUAUAAGCAGUUUGUCAUUACUGAAAAAACAUCAUAGCCCCUAAACUUUUUAUCAGCACAGUUUAGGACCUCAUCUGUAUAACUGAACAUUCCCAUCUGCAGAAUUCACUAUUCGCAAACAAUAUUUGCUAAUUUGCCCAAGAUGGUAAAUCUACCCCUAUGUAUACUAAAUGCAAGCUGAAGUUGCAGAUGUUAAUAUUUUAUUCACUUGUAUACUUUAAAAUAUUUUAAAAUAUCUGACGGCAGCUUGUCUUGGUGCUUUGCAAACCCAUGUCUGCAUGCGAUAGCGUCUUGCCACCACUUGGGGGCAGUAUCAGAAAUAUGUGGAACAAUCGACUAUGGGUUGCACUUGAUUGUGUUGUUAGUGCUUUAGCUUUGCUCUGCUGUGGGAAACAGAAGUUAAAGUGGAAAAUAUUUGCUUUGUGGUGAAAUAAAACUAAGUGUCAUGCUUCUUUACUAUU